CUGGGCCGGGCUUGACCUUGACCUGCCCUGCUGCCUCUCUUCUGCCCGCACUGGGAUGGCGACGGUGACGGUGGAGCCCGCGGGCCGCUGCUGCUGGGACCAGCCGGUGCGCAUCGCCGUGAGCGGCCUGGCCCCGGGGCAGCCCGUCACGCUGCGCGCGUCCCUGCGCGACGAGAAGGGCGCGCGCUUCCGGGCCCACGCGCGCUACUGCGCCGACGCCCGCGGCCUGCUGGACCUGGCGCGCGCGCCCGCGCUGGGGGGCAGCUUCGCGGGGCUCGAGCCCAUGGGGCUCCUCUGGGCCCUGGAGCCCGAGAAGCCUUUGCAGCGGCUGCUGAAGCGGGACGUGGAGACGCCCUUCGCCGUGGAGCUGGAGGUGCUGGACGGCCACGACCCGUGGACUGAGCGGCUCCUGGGCCGGACGGUGCACGAGCGCCACUUCCUGGGGCCCGGGGUGCGGCGGGAGCGGGUGCGCGCGGGCCGGGUGCGCGCCGCUCUCUUCCUGCCGCCAGGCACAGGAUCCUUUCCUGGGAUCAUCGACCUGUUUGGAAGUGGUGGAGGCCUUUGUGAAUACAGGGCCAGCCUCCUGGCCAGACAUGGUUUUGUUGUGCUUGCUCUGGCUUAUUUCAAAUUUGAAGACCUCCCUACAAAUUUGUGUUACAUGAACCUUGAGUACUUUGAAGAAGCCGUGGACUUCAUGCUACAGCACCCAAAGGUGAAAGGCCCCAGCAUUGGGCUUCUUGGUUUCUCCAAAGGAGGUGAUCUGUGUCUCUCAAUGGCCUCUUUCUUGAAAGGCAUCUCAGCUACCAUACUUAUCAAUGCCUGUGUGGCCAACACAAUAGUGCCGCUGCAAUACAAGGAUGUGAUUAUUCCUAGUCUUGGCUAUGACUCAGAGAAACUUAAAAUCACUGAGUCAGGCCAUUUAAGUUUUAUAGAUACUUGGGACAAUCCCCUGGAGGAACCCAACACCCAAAGUAUUAUUCCAUUGGAAAAGGCCCAGGGGCCCUUCCUGUUUAUCGUAAGCAUGGAUGAUCAUAACUGGAAGAGUGAAUUCUAUGCUCAGAUAGCCUCUGAACGGUUACAAGCACAUGGGAAAAACAGACCCCAGAUAAUCCGCUACUCAGGAACUGGUCAUUGUAUUGACCCACCUUAUUUUCCUCCUUCUACAGCCUCUGUGCAUGCAGUGUUGAACCAAGCAGUGUUCUACGGGGGUGAGCCAAUGGCUCACACAAGGGCACAGGUAGAUGCCUGGCAGGAAAUUCAAACUUUCUUCCAUGAACAUCUCAAUGAUAAAAAGUCUGUUAAGCCUAGCAAACUAUAACAUUGUACUUACAGGCCAGAUAUAUUAAUAAAAUUCAGAUUCAUAUCCAUAUUGAUUUUCCA